AUGGGUGGAGUUAGGCUUUCCAUAUUGAAAUCACUUUGCAAGUCUACCAGUUGCUAUUAUGCGAAAUUUGGCAGUUACCAGCAUAUAAGACCAGCAUAUGCAUUUGUAAAUCGCAGUUACCAUUCCAAGGAAACACAAUCUCUUAAAACUUUUGUGAAGACGCAUUCUAGAGCACUGGGUUCUGAAUCACUUGCCAACAUCCAAUCUUACAGAACCAAACCCAUUUCAGCAUUUUCACCCACAUUGUCAAAUUCACAUAUUAGGAAUGCUACUCCUCUUUUUUUGGUAAAUCCAAUUUUGAAUAGCCGUUCAUACUCAUCAUCUGUUGGUAGCAAUGCUGAUAAAGCUGGGCAACCAGGACUAGGAGUUCCGGCUGCUUCUGGUGGCAGUGAAGUGGAUAUUGGUAAUAGUGGUAUUGUUGGCAGUGAUUGGGUUGCUAAGGUUAAGGAUGCAUGGCAGAGUGCUGUGGAUGCAGCAACUUAUUCUGGACAGAAGGCUAAAGAAACCUCUGUUGAGCUGUCUCCUUAUGUUCAGCAGUUGCUGGAUUCCUAUCCACAUCUUAGAAAUGUGGUUGUUCCUGUUGGUUGUACUUUGGCAGGUACUAUAUUUGCUUGGCUGGUGAUGCCGAGGCUUUUCAGGAGAUUUCACAAGUACGCAAGUCAAGGGCGCACUGCAUUACUAUCAGGAAGCCUAUCUGAGGAGCCAGUUCCAUAUGAGAAAAGUUUUUGGGGUGCUUUGGAGGAUCCAGUGCGAUAUCUAGUUACUUUCAUGGCAUUUUCACAAAUUGGCAUGCUGGUAGCACCGACCACUAUAGCUUCUCAGUAUCUUGCACCGGCAUGGAGAGGUGCAGUUAUCCUUUCAUUUGUGUGGUUUCUGCAUCGGUGGAAGACAAAUGUGUUCACUCGUGUAUUAGCGACUCAAACUUUGCCUGGUCUUGAUCGGGACAAGUUGCUAGCUAUAGAUAACAUUUCAUCCAUUGGUCUUUUUGUGAUUGGGAUAAUGGCUUUAGCUGAGGCAUGUGGGGUGGCUGUGCAAUCAAUUCUUACAGUUGGUGGCAUAGGAGGAGUUGCUACUGCUUUUGCUGCCAGAGACGUCCUUGGAAAUGUUCUAAGUGGUUUCUCUAUGCAGUUUUCAAAGCCCUUUUCGCUUGGGGAUACAAUAAAAGCUGGAGCUAUAGAAGGUCAAGUGGUGGAAAUGGGACUUACUACCACUUCAUUAUUGAAUGCAGAGAAGUUCCCUGUCAUAGUUCCGAAUUCACUGUUUUCGAGUCAGGUAAUUGUGAACAAGUCACGUGCGCAAUGGCGUGCCAUCGUCACGAAAAUUCCCCUGCAAAUUAAUGAUUUGGAUAAGAUUCCCCAGAUAUCAAAUGAUAUAAAGGGCAUGCUAAGGUCACACUCGAAGGUGUUCUUGGGAAAGGAGGCCCCUUACUGUUUCCUGUCUCGUCUGGAAAGUUCUUUUGCCGAAUUGACUCUUGGAUGUAACCUCAAACAAAUGAGCAAAGGUGAGUUGUACUCUACCGAAGAAGAGAUUAUUCUGCGGUCGGCCCAGAUAAUCAAGGAGCAUGGUGCUAGGUUGGGCAGCACCGUCCAAGAUAUGACCACUCAAUAG